AUGGAUCAUGUGAAGGGCAUGAUGGAUCACAGUGAGCGUGCUAAACAUGGCACUGGCGACACCGGGAACGGUACAUAUAUGGCCAUGCCAAUGGUCUUUACCUUCAGCACUAAGGUCACAAUCCUAUUUAGCUGGUGGUCGACAAUUUACCCUCAUGGUGUCGAUCCUCAUCCCCGCUUGGAUCACUCGCUUCGCCCACAUAGAAAAUGGAACUGGUCGCAGGACAUUAUAGGUUCUAUGCUGGAGGGCGUCCGCGCCUUUACGGGGUAUGCAUUGAUGCUUGCUGUGAUGACAUACAACGUCGGCAUUCUCUGUGCUGUUAUUAUGGGUAUCCUCAUUGGAGAAGUGUUCCUAGGCCACUUUUCAAUGCCGACUCCAUCUUCUCGGUGGCAGGAUAGAGUAUGCCAUGAUGGUUAG